AUGCUGAGAAACAUGGCUUUUAUGCGCUCAUUGCAGCGAACGUGCCCUUCUUUUGCAGUUAGAGGACCGCUUAGGACGCUUGGAGGAAUACGGACUGUUGUUGUGCCAAAUAGCUUCCCUGAUGUUAGGUUAUCCUCGGGAAAUAUUGCUGUCGGUACCAGGUACUUCUCCGGUGGGAUGAAUAAUUGGGUAGCAAACAAGAACUUUAAUUUGAAUUUAUCUAACAAGGACUCCUCGCAAUCCGCGCUCGAGCAAUUUGGAACAAAUCUUACCCGAUUGGCGAAGGAGGGGAAGCUGGACCCUGUAAUUGGCCGUGACCAGGAGAUUUCACGCGCAAUUCAAAUUUUAUCGCGCAGGACUAAGAAUAAUCCUGUUCUGAUUGGGCGUGCAGGCGUUGGUAAAACUUCUCUGAUUGAUGGACUGGCGCAACGUAUUGUUAAGGGAGAAGUGCCGAGCUCUCUUGCUAAUAAGGAACUGGUGGUGUUGGACUUAGGGUCUCUUGUGGCGGGCGCAAAGUACAGGGGAGAGUUUGAAGAACGACUCAAGAACGUUUUAGACGAGAUAGAUAAGGCUAAUGGGCAAGUAAUUGUAUUUAUUGAUGAGGUACACAUGCUCUUAGGGUUAGGAAAGACAGAUGGAUCUAUGGACGCUUCUAAUAUUUUGAAACCUAGAUUGGCAAAAGGUAUGAGAUGUAUUAGUGCAACGACCUUUGAUGAGUUUAAGAUUAUUGAAAAGGAUCCGGCGUUAACUAGAAGGUUCCAGCCUAUAGUGUUAAAUGAACCCUCGGUUCCAGAUACAAUCUCGAUCUUGAGGGGUUUAAAGGAGAGGUAUGAGGUCCAUCAUGGUGUUAGAAUUACAGAUUCCGCAAUCGUAUCCGCGGCUGUAUUGUCCAAUAGGUAUAUUAACGAUAGGUUUUUGCCUGAUAAGGCCAUUGAUCUCGUAGAUGAGGCUUGUGCUGUAUUAAGAUUACAACAUGAGUCGAAGCCCGAUUCUAUCCAGGAAAUUGACCGUGCUAUUAUGACCAUUGAAAUUGAACUGGAAUCUUUAAAGAAGGAGACAGAUCCAGUAUCUACCGCAAAGAAGGAAUCUUUGACAGAAGAAUUAAAUUCAAAGAGGCAAGAGUUGUCCCGAUUGACAAAGAUUUGGGAAACUGAAAAGGGUGAAAUUGAAUCUGUGAAAUCUGUGAAGGCAGAAUUAGAAAAAGCGAAGAUUGAAUUGGAAAUUUCACAAAGAGAAGGUGACUAUGGUAAGGCUUCUGAGUUGCGUUAUGCCAAAAUUCCAGAGUUGGAAAGACGUAUAACUAACAAUGAACAAAAGGGUAAUAAAAAUAACUUGCUACAUGACGCGGUUACCUCAGAGGAUAUUUCAAAAGUGAUUUCAAGAAUGACGGGGAUACCCAUGGAAACUGUGUUCCAAGGGGAUAAAGAUCGUCUGCUAUUCAUGGAAGAUUCACUGAGAAAAAGGGUUGUUGGCCAAAACGAAGCUAUAAGUGCUAUUUCAGAUGCAGUUAGACUCCAAAGAGCUGGUUUGACUAAUGACAAGAGACCUAUUGCAAGUUUUAUGUUUUUGGGACCCACUGGUACAGGGAAGACAGAAUUAACCAAAGCGUUGGCCCAAUUUCUAUUUGAUAACGAAUCCUAUGUUGUACGAUUUGAUAUGAGCGAAUUCCAGGAAAAACACACAGUAUCACGUUUGAUCGGUGCUCCACCAGGUUAUGUUAUGAGCGAAAGUGGAGGCCAGUUAACGGAGGCUGUUAGAAGAAAGCCUUAUGCUGUAGUGUUAUUUGAUGAAUUCGAGAAGGCUCAUCCUGAUAUUUGUAAGGUUUUAUUACAAGUAUUGGAUGAAGGUAAAUUGACGGAUUCCCAAGGCCAUCAUGUCGACUUCCGCAACACGAUAAUUGUGAUGACAUCAAACAUUGGACAAGAUAUUUUGUUAAACGACCAAGAAUUGGGUACAGAUGGCAAAGUGAGUGAUAGUACUAAGACUAGAGUUUUAGAUGCUGUAAAGCGUUCCUAUCCUCCAGAAUUUAUCAACCGUAUUGAUGAUCUUCUGGUCUUCAAUAGACUAUCAAAGGAUGUUUUGCGUUCCAUUGUGGAUAUCAGAUUGAAAGAAAUCCAAGAAAGACUAGCGGACAAAAGAAUGUCUUUAAAGCUGACCGCUGAUGCAAAGGAAUGGCUAACAGAACGGGGUUAUGAUCCAGCGUAUGGCGCAAGACCACUCAACAGGUUGAUACAUAAGCAAGUCUUGAACCCCAUGGCUAUGUAUCUAUUGAAGGGUCAGUUAAGAAAUGAAGAGACUAUUGAAGUUGUUGUUGAAAAUGAAAAAUUGGUUGUGAAACCAAAUCACGAAGAAAAUGAGGAUCAAAAAAAAGUUGAGAUAACCACCGUUAAUGAAUGA